ACACAGACAGACACACACACAGACAGACGCGCAAAAAACAAUACCUCCAUUUUUCAUGGAGGUAACAAAGUAACGUUUCCGGCGACGUUAACUACGCAUUACUUAGACUCUGGUCAGAUUUAAACUCCGACCCAGAACCAGAACAAAGCUGUGUUCUUGAACUUUAACCUUCCGUGACGGCAGGUUACGUCACCAUAGGCAGACUUCAUUUCGUGCAGAAGAUUCUGUGGCGGGUCAGAACUGAGCACUAACAUUGCCGUCCGAUUGUGCCUUUAUAUAAUACAGCUGGGAAAUACUCCUGAAGAUGGCAACAACAUCCGGAAUCGCCAUUCCUCAGUCUGCAGAAGAUAUCGCCCCCUCCUGGGUACAGCAGGUACUGCAGAAGGACCUCCCGGGCGUCACCAUCACGGACGUCCAUGUCAGGGGAUCCAUCAGCCAUGGCGAGGGGUUCAUGAGCGAUAUCAUCGCUUUUGAUGCCGUGGGGAUCAGGAAUGGUGUGAGUCAGCGAUACAGUCUCGUCGCUAAACUGACAGAUUUCAAACGGCCGUUGACAGUAAUGAAAGAGUGGCCAAAGGACGCGCAGAUAAAAAUUGAUACUACUGAAGUCAAGUUUUACUCGGACGUGGUGCCUGAGCUUCUCUCUCUUGCAACCCCAAGCACAGAGCGCAAAACAGGGAACGAAAAAACUCACCAUCCUACUAAUUCCUUAUCGAUCCCAAAAUGCUACUUUGCUGCCACCGAUCCCAGUUCUAUGGUGUCCGUCAGGGUUCUGGAGAAUCUGAAAACUCAGGGCUUCUCCAUCAAACCCGACCGCCAGUCGCUGAGCCGUGAUGAGAUGAUGCUUGCAGCCGGGGCGCUGGCGCAGCUGCACGGCCUGUCACAUCGACUGGAGCUCCGCUUGGGCGUCCCUCUUCGUGAGAAGUACGACUGGAUCGUGUCUCUCUCAGAUGUCAAAGCUGCGUCAAUGCAACUUGCAGGGCCCAUGUACCGGGAAGCCGUAAAGGAAUUUGCCGCAGUCUUUCCUGACCAGGCAGAUCUUGUAGCUAGUCUGGAGAAGUUAAACCUUCAGCAUCCAAUGACGGAGGACCCGAGGCUUAUGGUGCUAAGCCAUGAAGAUGCUUACGGCAAUAACAUCAUGUUUAAGUACGCUGAAGAUGUGCCCACUGACGUGAGGCUGGUGGACUGGCAGGUUGUUGCGUACCUGCCACCGACCUAUGACCUGGCGUUCCUGUUUCUUUUAAACGCGAGUUGGGACGUCUUCCACCACCACAGGGACGCCAUCCUGGCUCACUACCACCACAAACUGAUGGAGACCCUGGGUACAGACGAAUCCUCAGGCCUACAAAGCUACACACUGGAACAGCUGAAGGCAGACUUUAAAGCCGACUGUCCGUUUGGGUUGUUCCACGGUCUCAUACGGUUGAGGGGGCUUCAUGCAGAUCGAGGUUUGGUGCGAAUAAUCCAGGAGAUCAAGGAGUGGGGAGUUAUCUAGAUAUACACAUGACCGAUAAAUAGACUCUCCGCGAGUACUUGCUUUUUUCCAAUAAUUUUAUUCAAGAAAAUGGAAUAAAUAUACAAAUAGACAAAAAGUACAUGGAUUACAAUAAGCUACAUAAAAACAGCACAUUCAGUCUUGAUAAACAAAAACAAUGCAUGUCUUUCUAUGGUUUAAACAAAACUAUAGAUACUACAUAGUACUGAAACAAGAAUAAAUUAAUUUAUAAUUGUUGAUACAUGUAUAACAACAACAAGGCAAAAAGAAAUUGAACAUAAUGCAAUUGUAUAGUAGGAGUGAUUUAGAUUCCUGUCACCAUACAUGUAUAUGUAAAUGUAUUGUGUGAGAAUCAACAGAGCAGACCUGGAGCAGACCAACAAGAGUUCCACGAUCUCAUACCUUCGCCAAAUGAUGUUAACCCUUGCAUGUGACGAAUUAUACAAUUUUAAUUAUAACUGAUUUCACAAAAAAGAGCCUCAUUUGCAUGGAGUAUAUUAGUUGAUCAUAUUCUCCACGCAAUGACAGCCUUAUCUUCACAAAAAGGCUAUUAUAGCACUUCCUCAUAAAUUAUGCUAAUGAGGUCAUGAUUUGAAUAAAUUAUGUUUACCGAUGUUCACAUUCACUUAAUUUCCACUUAAUUAGGGUCCAAAUGUGCCCAGCAGUUACAACUAUGAAAUUAUAACAAUUUGCCAUUAGUUAUGCAAAUUAGGUCUUCAUUUACAUAAUCUAUAUCCUCAGAUGUUUUUCUCGUUCUCAAUUCAAUGUCACAAGCGUUUUAUAGUCCUAUCAUAGAACAAAGCAGGUUUAUAGAAUUUCCUCAUUAAUUAUGCAAAUUAGCUCCUUAUAUGCAAAAUUGUCAUCUUAUUAUGUCAAGCAUCACUCCAGCUACCUACAUACCAGGAAUCACGACAAU